AUGAAUAUAUCUGAGAUCGAAACAACGACGAAAGUCCCACCUGCCACACGGAAGUCACCAGUGGUCCUGCACGCUGGCGACAUCGAGGCACUUGAGACGGAGACGUUUUCACAUGAACAAGACGCCCACGUCUCAUGGAAGACCCUAAUUUCCUCGCCGAAGACCAGUACUGAAUCACUCACUGUGGGAAUCGCGACCUGCCCGCCUAAGAGAGGAAGCCUGCCUCGACACCGCCAUGCCCAAGCCGAGUGCUACCACAUUAUCAGCGGCAAAGGCGUCGUUGUCAUCGACGGCGAAGAGCAUUCCGUGGGCGCUGGGUCUGUGGUGUACAUCCCUGGCCUCGCAGGACACAGUGUCCGGAACGAGCAUCCAGUCGAGGAAUUGAAGUGGUUCUAUGUGUUCAACGCCAAUAGCUUUGCCGACAUCAAGUACGUUUUCGACAGCUGA